AUGGCCGAUGUUCGCGCCCUCCUACGGCAGCAGCGCGCGGCCCGCCGGGUAGAACACCCCCAUGCUUUGUAUUCGGACGCCGGCAAACUCGUGUGCACCGUGUGUAACGAGCAGGUCAAAACCGAGUCUCUUUGGGACAAGCAUCUUCGGAGCGCCGGCCAUCGACAACGGCUACAAAGCAUACACCAAUCCUCGACCAAGAACGGAUCCAAUGGCUAUGCUGGAUUUGUAGACCAAGGCUCUGAAGCGACGGGCCCAACCAACAAGCGCAAACUGGCCGAUUCAGACGAGGACAUGGCCGACGCGGACGAAACAAUAUCCCGAAAGAAACGUACCAAACCCGACGGCUCGCCAACAGAACACUCUCAACAAGGAACCAGGACACCAGCAAAGAAAGACGACGGCGGAAACCCGACUACACCACCUCUCUCUCGCAGAACCUCAGGCACACCCACCGCCGGCGUCGAGAUGCAGAUCGCGUCCCGCCCAGCAACACCCGGCCCGGGCGGAACAGGGACACCCAUGGCCACAACCCCUCGGGCAGCCCCCGUCGGCCGAUCGCCAUUGAUACCCGACGAGGCCACCACUUCACAACAAGACUCGAUCCGAGGCCCAAGGCCGGCCGCACAACCAGCACCUGCCACAACCACAGCUACAACCGCCACCACAACGGUAGACGAAAAGGAAUGGGCCGCCUUCGAAGCCGACCUCAUCAACGACAAACCCCCCCAGACCAACACCAAACCCGCCGCGGCAGCAGCACUACUAGCCAGCGACGCGGUGAUCUCGGCCCCCGUCAUGAGCGCGGCCGAGAUCGCGGCCAAGUCGGAGGAGGAAGAGCGGGCGCGGCGGCGGGCGCUGGUGGACAUACAGAUCGAGGACGAGAAGGAGGAGGCGACGCGGGCGCUGGAGAACGAGUUCGAGGUGAUGGAGGAGCUGGAGGCGAGGGCCAAGAAGCUGCGGGAGCGGCGCGAGGCGCUGCGGGUGCAGAGUAAUGGCGGGACUGCAGUGGCGGCGGCGCCGGUGGGGGUGGGGGUGGUGGUGGGUGCUGGGGGGAAGGGUGCUGCUGCUUCUGGGGAGGGGAAGGAGAAUGCGGCUGUGGAAGAGGAGGAGGAUGAUGAGGACGACGAGGAUGAUUGGGACGGGUUCCGAUUCCGCGCAUAA